CUUCUCAGAGAAAGAAACAAUGUAGUCGACAGUUUAGCAGUUAGUUUAGAAGUUUGACGGUGACAGCGAAGCCACUGCAUCUACGCGGCUUCUCCUCCUCUUGCUUCGUGGCGGAAGAUAUUUACGCCGUCAACUUUCUUCCUUCCUUCUUCUUCCAUUCCAUUUUCUUGUCUACUAAGAUUACCUCCUAAUAAAAACCCUCAAAUCUCGAUCAACAAUCCCCAAAAUCAAGAAUAUCAAAACCAUGUCUUCUGAAAAUCCCAAAACCCGCAAAUCUAUGUACCCAGAAGUUAUUCUAACAAACCCUGAAUCCAGUUCUCCAUUUAUCUCGAACCCCAGCAGAAACCCUUCUUCUUCUUCCUUAUACCCUACUAUUGAAAUGAAUUCCUUAGCCGAAAACCUCUUCCCAGAAACAGAAGAAGAAGACCAAACCCGCGCUAUGAAUCAGGGAGGAAGUUCUACCUUCGAGUCAUCCGAGGAAGUUGUCAUCACGAUCCCAGGUGCGAUCGUUCAUUUAAUCGACAAAAAACGGAGUAUCGAGCUGGCAAACGGAGAUUUCUCCGUUGUUCAGUUGAAACAGGGCGACAACGUUGUCGCUGCCCUAGCUCGAGUCGGGGAUGAGAUCCAGUGGCCGUUAGCUAAAGACGAGGCCGCCGUCAAACUUGACGAUUCCCAUUACUUUUUCAGCCUCAGGGUUCCAUCCGAACACGGCGAAAUUAACGGCGACAGUAUUUUGAACUACGGGCUGACGAUUGCUUCCAAGGGGCAAGAGGGUUUGCUGAGGAAACUAGAUUCGGUGCUGGAGAAGUUCAGUGCGUUUAGGGUUGAGAAGGCGGCGGCGGCGGUGGAGCAAGGGUGGUGGGGGUCGGUGGCCAAGGAGGUUUCUCCGGCGGAAAUGAAGAAUAAGAAAGAGGAGGUGGAGAACAGUGCCGCCGCUUACUGGACCACCAUCGCUCCGAACGUGGAGGAUUACAGUGGGAGCGUUGCGAGGUUGAUUGCCGCCGGUUCGGGGCAGGUGAUUCGAGGGAUUUUGUGGUGUGGUGACCUCACUGUUGAUAGGCUGAAAUGGGGUGAUGAGUUCUUGAAGAAGAGAGUCGGAAAAGGUUACACUUCGGAUAUCAGUCCCGAGACUUUAACAAGGGUGAAAAGGGUUAAGCAAAUGACGAAAAUGUCGGAGAAAGUUGCGGCCGGGAUAUUAUCCGGGGUUGUAAAGGUGUCUGGUUUCUUCACAAGUUCGGUUGCAAACUCUAAAGUGGGGCAGAAAUUCUUCAGCCUUCUUCCCGGUGAAAUUGUUCUUGCUUCGUUAGAUGGAUUUAAUAGGGUUUUCGAUGCUGUUGAAGUAGCCGGAAAGAAUGUCAUGUCCACUACUUCGGUUGUCACGACUGGGCUCGUCUCACAGAGAUAUGGAGAAGACGCAGGAAAGGUGACACACGAUGGGCUGGGUGCUGCAGGGCAUGCUAUAGGCACAGCUUGGGCUGUGUUUAAGAUACGAAAGGCUCUCAAUCCAAAAGGUGCUCUUAAACCGACUACUCUAGCUAAGGCCGCUGUUCAAGCCAAUGCUGCUAAAUUGAAGUCAAAAUCGAAAUAAUCGCCGGAUUUGUUGUGUCUUUGUGGUCAACUAUGUCAAAUAUUUUAUGUUUUUUUUUAUGUAAUUUAUAGUUCCCUCAUUCCUUCUUUCGCUUUUUUGUCAACGCAACGCGACAACUAUUAUGUAACACUUGGUACAUGCCGACUGGUUUUAUUUAUUCAAGCAGUUCGAUUUCGUUUU